AUGAAGCAUCGCGCAGCAUGGAUUUCACCCCUCUCUCUGCAGGGCCAGCGUAGCCCUGUGACGCCCUACUUCUUCUGGCCCAAGGAGGAGGCCUGGGACCUGAUGAAGGAGACGCUGGAGGGCGAGAGUAGCUGGAUUCCAGAGGAGCAAGUGAUCGAGGUGCUGAACAGCUUCACAUCCCUCAUCAACUACUGGCAGUCGGACAACCCCACGCUGAAGCAGGCCAAGGACAACUUCCCCAACGCCAGAUUUCAUGGUUGA